ACCCGACCCCCCGCACCGCCACCCGGCCCCCGAGCCCCCGCGCCGCCGCACCAUGGAGGCGGUGGCAGCAGACGGCGGCCGCCGAGGGACACAAAGAACGACGAGGCGGCGGCGGGCAGCGAGGAGAGGCCCAAUGGCGGUAGUGGCAGCGACAGGGCCCGGACCCGGUGGCGGCUGCGGCGGCGGCGAUGGUAGUAAAGGGACUCCCCGGUACAGCCUGCUGGCCGAGAUAGGCCGCGGGGCCUACGGCGUGGUGUACGAGGCGGUGUCGGGCCGCAGCGGCGCCCGUUUGGCGGUGAAAAGGAUCCGUUGCGACGCCCCCGAGAACGUGGAGCUGGCGCUGGCCGAGUUCUGGGCCCUGACCAGCCUCCGGCGGCAGCAUCCCAACGUGGUGCGCUUCGAGGAGUGCGUCCUGCAGCGGCACGGCCUGGGGCAGCGCAUGAGCCACGGCAACAAGCGCAGCCAGCUCUACCUGCGCCUCGUCGAGACCUCCCUCAAAGGCGAGAGGGUGCUGGGCUACGCCGAGGAGCCUUGCUACCUGUGGUUCGUGAUGGAGUUCUGCGAGGGAGGAGACCUCAACCGCUACGUGCUGUCCCGCAGGCCUGACCCGGCCACCAACAAGAGCUUCAUGCUGCAGCUGACCAGUGCCAUCGCCUUCCUGCACAAGAACCACAUCGUGCACAGGGACCUGAAGCCAGACAACAUCCUGAUCACCGAGAAGUCAGGCAGCCCCGUGCUGAAGGUGGCCGACUUCGGGCUCAGCAAGGUGUGCGCGGGCCUGACGGCACGGGGCAAGGAGGGAGCCCAGGAGAGCAAGAACAUCAACGUCAACAAGUACUGGCUCUCCUCUGCCUGUGGCUCCGACUUCUACAUGGCCCCCGAGGUCUGGGAAGGGCACUACACUGCCAAGGCUGACAUCUUCGCCCUGGGCAUCAUCAUCUGGGCCAUGAUCGAGAGGAUCACCUUCAUCGACGCCGAGACCAAGAAGGAGCUGCUGGGGACCUACAUCAAGCAGGGGACUGAGAUUGUGCCAGUCGGGGAAGCGCUGCUAGAGAACCCAAAGAUGGAGCUGCACAUCCCUCAGAAGCGCAGGACUUCCAUGUCUGAGGGCAUCAAGCAGCUCCUGAAGGACAUGUUGGCUGCUAACCCCCAGGACCGACCCGAUGCCUUCGAGCUUGAAACCAGGAUGGACCAGGUUACUUGUGCUGCUUAAAUUCAGGGCAGGGGCACUGCUGUGCUCUGCAGCUGGGUGAGUGAGCCACAGCUCUUUUAUUUCCUACUCUUCUGGGCUGCUCUAGCAGCGUUUUGUAGGGACACAAAGGAGUCCUUUAUGUUCCUGGAGCUGUUUCUAGAGUGACUCAUCAGAGCGUUGCUUCUGAGUGGUUUUUCCACCUAUUCUACUGCAAAAAAAAAAACAAACCAAAGAAAGAACUAGAGGUGGGAAAGUGAAGCAGCUGCACAUGUCCUGCUGCUGCCCAAAAGCCCAGGAGAGCAGGCAAGGCUGGGCCAGGUGCCUUGUUCCCUCAGGCUUGGGCAGCAGCCUUGCUGCUCAGAGGUCCUGGCCAGUGGUUGAGGUGAGGCAGUGCAGCUCUGGGGAUGUUUCUGCCCCAGGAGCAGGGAAUUUGCUGCCAGUUCUGCCACCUCUGCUGUGGCAGAUCAGUUCCUGUGGGCAGCCUGUUCUAGCAAGAGGUGUCCCUGCCUGUGGCAGGGGAGUUGGAUCAUAAAGGUCCCUUCCAAUCCAAACCACUCUAUGAACCUGCAUCAGUGCUGGCAGCAGCUGUGCCUGUGCUCUUGGGCAGGACACCUCGGGGCUGCCUCAGCAAAAAGCUGUUCCCUUUGCCUUCACCUGUGGGGCUCUGUGGGGCUGUCUGGUUUCGUUUCCUUGCUCACAGGCAGCACUUCCCUUUGGUGUGACCUCUGGUUGCCCGGGGAUGGGAUGCUUUGGUCUCCAGCAUCAGGGUUUGUGUGGACUUAUUGCCUGCUCAGGAAGGAAACUUCCAAAACAGCCCUGCUCAGGCUGAGCUCCCUUCAGAUUCCACUUUCUGCUCCUCUCUGCUUGCCUUCUAAAGAGUCUUAAGCUCAGAGGUCCUGCUCCUGAGGCUUGGGUGGUCACACAUGGGUUGGAAGGACCACCAGGGACAGGAGGGGAGCUGGUGGUGCCACUGCCCAGUGUCACUGAAGGGCUAGGAGGUGUUGCCUGCCUGGCAGAGCUGUCUGUAAGCAGGAGCUGUUAGCAGGGCUUGGCCUGGCCAAAGGCUUCAGUGAAACAGAAAUUGCAGAUGGUGGGGGGUGAGGCUGGCAUCUUCCCAGCCCAGGUUCCUUAAAGCUCCUGCAGAGCUUCCUCUGACCACUGCUGGUCACAGGAGACCUCUGAGAGCCUGCCCAUGUCCGGUGCUGGCACUGCAGCUCCCAGCCCUUCCCUCGCCCUGAAGCCUCCGGAUCCUGCUGGACCAGAGCAGAGAGCAAAGUGAUGAUGAUGGAACAGCUGCCCUGGCCUUCAGCCUCAGAGGGGAUGGCUGCAUGCCUGGCCUGCUCCUAGGAGGUGUGGCCUCCCCCAAGGUGGGGACACUGGGCAAGUUUUGCUACAACCCCCUCACUGCUGCCCACUUUGAGGUGCUGCUGGAGUGUCCUCAGCGAGGGGACCUCUCUGUGUGCCCCGGCUAAGCUUUCUGUUCUUUCCAAAGGGGUAGGGCUGUAGGAAUGGGAAAUGCCAGGGGAUGAGUCUAGUUCUGUCCCUGCUGGCUUGUCCAGACCACUCCACAGCCCCAUCCAUCCCUCUGCAUCCCAACACAAAGCACUGAACACGCUGAAGAUCUCCAGCUCCGGCACUGAUGCAACUGCUGCUGCCUGGGGCUAGGGCUUGGGGCUGCUCCCAGUACAAGUGUGGGAUAUUAGGGUGGGGGGAGGGAGUGAAUCUGCACUCGAGAUGGGUGUGAUCAAGUCCUGGGGCACUCAAGAGCUCAGGUCACCCCACCUUGUGCCGCAGGGCGAGGUGUGGGGCUGCUGCUGGUGGUGCCAGGGGUCAGCUGGGGAUUUGCCGCUGCCAUCUGCAAAGGCUCAGUUAUGCAACCGGCCCCUGCCCUGCGGCAGAAUUCAUCCUGUGCAGAGCUGCAGAAUAGUACAUGCAGGGCUGACAGACACCGAGGGGACAGUCCUACCCCAGGGCUGUUUGCAUAAACCUCAGCUGCCUCCUGCACCAUCACCACCAUCCUCCUCCUCCUCCUCCACCCGCGCGGCCGCAGCCAUCAUCGGCGCCGUCGUCAUCGGCUCCGUCAUGCCACAGCUGCAGCAGAGAUGGAUGCCCUUAUGUAACAGCCUGGCACACGUAGCCUGGCACGCACAAGAGCCCAGCACUCUGCCCAUGCGUCCAGCACAGCCUCAGAGCUGCCAGGGGAACCUUCUUGAUGGUGCAGCAGAGGCUCUGGGGAGCCACCCGCUGGGGUUCUCGGGUGCCGCCGCUCCGGUGGGGCGUUGGUGUGUUUGGAGCAGGCUGUUUCUGGCUGUUCCUAAAGGCAAACCUCAAAUUAGAAACCUUCUUGAGAAGCUUAAAAUGGGAUUUAGAGCAGGGCCUGGAGCCUGCUCUCAGGUAAUUUAAGUUGACCGAGAAACUCAAGUAACCUCCCCUGACUUCACUGCGUGGCUCGGGCAGCUGCUGGCUCAUGCUGUGGGUGAGUUCUGCCUCUCCAGCACAGCUUCAGGCCCUGCUCAGCCUUGCUUUGUGUCAGCACCUGGGAAACUGUCACCUCCCUGAUCCUGGCAAUCAGAUUUUUUUGGCUCAUGCCUCAGUGUGCCACUGACCUCUUCUGAUUUCCCUUCCUGUGCCCGUCUGCUCCAGGUGCAGUCAGCAGGCUUCAUGCUCCCUUACCCUCCCACAGCUCAGGUGGGAACUGGCACUUCUCAGCCAGGAAGCUCUUUCUGGCUUGGUUUCUGCUGGACACCAAGAAAUAGAAUUGGUUUGGGUUGGAAAAGCCCUCUAAGAUCAUCAGAUCCAACCAUCAACCCAACCCCACCGUGGCCAUCGAGCCUUGUCCCCAGGUGGCCAUGGCCACACACUGCUUGAACACCUCCAGGGGUGCUGAGUCCACCUCCACGUCCUUAGCUUCCCCUUCCCCUCACCCCCAGUGCUGCUGGUGGCCCCAGGGUGGUAGAGCCAGCAUCUCCCAGGUCUUCUCUCCCCCCCAGUGCUGUGCUUCCCUGUCUUCUGCUCUGCAGCCCGAGGUGGCAGCUCCCCCGAGCAUGCCCCUGGGGCACAGAGGACAGAAGCCUUCCCAGGACAGUUAGAGACUGGCUGAGGGGUGCUGGGAGCUGCUGGGCUAUCUGGAUUGCUGUGGGGUGGCUCAGCACUGGGCACCCUCUACCAUCUUCUCCCUUCUGGAAGGUUUGGGCCUCUCUCCUCUUUCUCUGUGCUCUGAACAUCUUUUUCCUUGUCUAGCUCCCCCCUCAGAAUUACCCAGGGCAGGUGAGGGGUCCCCAGUGGGACCCUCUGAAGUUGGGGUUUUGAGCAGUGUGGGUUGAGUGAGGCACAGCAAGUUCCUGUGGCUGGUUGCUGUCUGCUGCUGUCACAGAACUGUUUUGGCUGGAAGUGGCCUCGAAGAUCCUGGAGUCUAAACUUUAACCCCAGCACUGCCAAGGCACCACCAGACCAUGGCCCUCAGCACCACAGCUCCAGGGCUUUCAGACCCCUCCAGGGAUGGGGGCAGCUUGGGACAGGCCUUGACAACCCUUCUGGGGAAGAAAAUUGUUCCUCAUGUCCAAUCUAAGCCUCUCCUGGGGCAAUUUGAGGCUGUUCCCUCUUGUCUGCUGCUUGUUUCUUGGGAGAAGUGACUUAUCCUCACCUCACUCCAGCUUUUCAUGGAGCUGUAGAGAGCCAGAAGCUAACCUGAGCACAGAAGGGAGGGGAGUGAGUGGCAACACCAACGGUUAGACAGGAGGUGAUGCAGGAGCUCAGCCUGCAGUGGCUCUGGGAGGUCCCUCCCUGUGGUGCUUUCACCCUGCAUCAAGCAGAAGGUCUGAGUUGGAGAUGAGUGCUCGAGGUGAAGAUCAGGACUGUGUGGAGCAGGAUGCAGCAUCCCUUGGGUGCCUUCAGCCCAGCUGGGUUCACUCCAGCACCACUUCCCUCUCCCUCCAGCUGCAGCUCUUUGCCUUCUCUCUCCUCUUUGCGUUUCAAAGCACAGCAGGAGCUGCUGCUGACCAGGUUCAUCUUUCUUCCCUCUCUGGUGGUGUCUGUCCCCAACAGGAGCUCUCUGCUGUGCCCAGCUGCUCCCCAGCACCACCAGCAAACUGCUGCCCUGGGGAGGCUGGGAUCAGCAGCGCUCCUGCUGGUCAGCACUGACCUCACCUGGGGAGAAGCAAAGUCACCAGGUUGAGCUGGAUCACCUCACCUCUGGCCAGUGCUGGCUUGCUCUCUGUCCCCUCAAUCUCCCUGCUAGAGGAAGCUGCUGUGGUUGGACUCCAGGAAGCUCCCCAGGAGUGCGUCACAAGUGCAAAGCAUGAGGAAGCAGCUCUGUGCCCCCUCCCCUUCUGCCACAUGGGUGACUAAUGGGAUUAGCAGGAGUUGCUGCUGGCUUCUCUCUCCCAGCACACCUCACAGAAUUACUUUGGUUGGAGAAGACCUCCAGGCUCACCAAACCCAACCAUCAGUCUAAGCCCACCGUGGCCAUUGCCACCUCCCAGCUCUGCCAUCGCCCACACGUUGGUGCCCUCUUCCUUAGGGCUGCCUGAGGGCUCCACGAGCUGCUGCCUGAUAUCCUGCUGAUGCCAUGGGAACGUUGGAGCUGAUUAAAACUCUUAAGUGGCAUCUGCAGGGGGAUUAGAAGCCCUUGACCAAGCCCCUGGGUCAACGUGCGUCAAUGGAGUGAGCUCUCCUGGCUCAGAGCUGUGAGCCUUGGGGCUGCUCAAGCUGAGCUCCUUCCCUCAAACUGCUCCUGCUCCAUGGAAGCAGGGCCAGAAAUGAUGCCCUGCUUCUUAAUGCAGCUGCACCCCAGCAGAAAGCUUCCAGAAGGUUCCUUGCAUGCUUGCUGCUCAUCUCUGGGUGCCUCCUUCCCAAACAGAAAGGCUUUUUCCUCUGACUGCAGCUGGCAAAGGUGGCAGCUCCUGGCUAACCUCCUCUCAGAAGCAGUGUGCCUGUGGCCCUGGCCUCUGCCCUGAGCUGCAAAGACAGAGCCAGCCUCAUCCCUGGGGAAGGAGCUCCUGGGAUUUUCUGGAGCUGAGGGCUUUGGGUGAUUUGCUGGGCAGUGGCAGCUUUUCCUCAGCAGGUCUCUCCUGCAGGCAGUGUCUCUGCAGAGCCUCUCCCUCGUCCCUGGCUGGAUCUGCCCCUGCUGAAGGUGGGGAGGGAGCUAAGGCCAUGCCCUCCACCCCUUUUUUUCCCAUGUAACUGAGCUCAGAGCUUGGGGGGAUUUUCAGCUGGCAGAAAAUUGCCAGUGGUGCACAGCAGGAGGGGUGGUGGAGUGGAACCUGCCUGGGUUGGAGGUCUGUGCAUGUUUCAGUGAGCUCCAGCCCUGUCCCCGCUGCAGGAAGCCCCUCGAGGUGCCAGCAGACAGCUGAGGGCAGAAGGGAGACCUUAGGGA